GCAGCUAGCGGGCAGUCGCGGACAUCGUGCUGGUGGUGGUUGAACUCUACUAAACGACCAGGUAUAUGCUUCAGCUAGACGGCAGUUCGAUUUCAAGUUUUUGGUGUGAUUAACCCAAUUUGCAUCAAGAGACUGCUUGGAAUCUUAUGUUUAACAGAGUCUAAAUCUCAAACGGCAAGAUGAAUGAGCUUUUCCAAGACUUCGCCAAAGCUCAUUCCGCUAAGCAUGGCUACAUCCUCGCUCAGACGCUCUCGCCCGUCUCUACGGCUGCUGAGCCUCAUAAAUUGAAUGCAAUUUGGAGAAGCACAAAUGCUCAUAGUGUCAAAGGCGAUAUCCGUCACUUUAUUAAAACCGCUACUGGUCACCGUGGUGGGUUAACCCACGAUGAGCUGAGCGGUUGGGUCGACGUCUAUGUCGCCUACUGGCACGCUAUUGGAGAGAUUGUGUCCGGUGAAAGUGGCAGGUCAUCCUGGACAAAAGUAUAUGAAGCCUGGAAGGAACUCACAUCAAUGCUUAUCCGAGGUUACAACAAUCAUGGAUUCGAGGCUUGGACAAUACCGGCUCUUUAUAUGGUUGGAAAAUACCUCAGGCUCUUCGCCAUUAAGUCAGACGCUGAGCGAAGCCAAAUGACGGAUACCGUCGCGGACAAUGCGGACAUUAUGCAGGACGACUUUGAUCCAGAAUCACAAAAGCAGAGCCAGCUCAGAGACUGUGAGCAGCAGUUGAAACGUAUUUUUACACUCUGUCUCAACGAUAGAGCUCCUUUGGAGAGUUCACGAAAAUGGGGCAUUUAUUACAUCGCCAACCUCCUAUUCAAAACAUACUUUAAGUUAAACUCGGCAUCAAUCUCAAGAACCAUCUUGAAGACUUUAGCGGCAUACAAUGCAAAAGGAGAUAUCCCCAACUUGGAUCUUUUCCCGAAAGCCCAACGUGUUACUUUCAAAUAUUACGAAGGCGUUCUGUUCUUCUUAGAAGAAAACUAUGCCGAUGCCGAAAAACAUCUUGUAGAAGCGUGGCAGUUAUGUCAGAAGGAUGCACAUGAAAACAUUGAGCGAAUUCUGACGUACUUGAUUCCAUGUCGGCUACUCACCAGCCAUGUGCUCCCAACGAAGGCACUCCUUGGACCAUACCCACGCCUCCAGGAACUAUUUCUUCCUUUAGCACAAUGUAUUAAAAAGGGAGAUCUUCAAGCCUUCGACAUUGCACUCCAACAUGGCGAGGAUCAGUUUGUGAAGCGUCGUAUUUAUUUGACACUAGAACGCGGAAGAGACAUUGCACUUCGUAAUCUACUCCGAAAAGUCUUCAUUGCUGGCGGCUUCGAUGAGUUGAAGGAGGGUGAAACAACACCAGUUCGCCGAACCAGAAUACCGGUUACAGAAUUCAGUGCUGCGAUAUCUAUGGGCAGUGGUGGCGACUUGGUGGACAAUGACGAGGUCGAAUGUCUCUUAGCGAACAUGAUAUACAAGGAUUUAAUGAAAGGCUAUAUCGCCAGAGAGAGAGGAAUUGUGGUCUUAUCGAAGAAAGGAGCUUUCCCUGGUACCGGCAUAUAAUACCUGCGUGAGCCCAGUCCGUGCAAUAUUGAUUACGGCAGCGGAACUAGGUACUCACUAAUAGACAUUGGGGACAACACCUUAAAUACUCAAAGAACUAAGGAUUCAAGCAUACAAAAGAAAUUCUUAAAAUCACUACUUAUAAAAGCCAUCAUUAUCAAACAAAAAAAGACAUGACUUGUCGAAAUCUUUCCUGGUGCAACAGACACCAAAGACCGACCAGAGUGGCGCUUUGAUCACAGAGGUUUUUGCGGGCAAGUAUUUGUACAUGGGUUGCUCAAAAGGAAACAAAGAAAAGCCAUAAUUAACCGUGAUCCAAAAAUAAACUCCAAAAACCCAGGAUAUUGUAACAAAAGAAAAAAGCACAUGGAAAGUAAAAGGGCAUCGCUGCACAGGUCCGGAUCUUGAUCGUCGAUCUUCCGAUCGAUAAUCGGCCACGUGCGGCGCUCAGAACGUGCAUGGUGCAGCGAUGAACGAAGUGAAAUUCGACUCCACGUGGGAGGAUCAGAGU